UUUUUUUGACAGUCCAAAUAUUCGAUAGCAAAAAUGACGUGGAGAGAUAGGUUAUAAGUUUGUUGUCGAUAAAUUAAUUAAUUUAAUGGCUAAUUAGGAAUCCACUUCAAUAAUUAAAGUAAUAAAAAUUAAGUAUUAAUCACAAUGAUUGAGAUAAGUGAUGUACAAAAGAUCGGUGUGGGUCUGGCGGGGUUUGGUAUGGCCUUCCUGUUCCUAGGAGUCCUGCUGCUUUUUGACAAGGGCCUGCUGGCUAUAGGAAAUAUCCUAUUCAUCAGUGGUCUAGCCUGUGUGAUCGGGCUCCAGCGGACAUUCUUCUUCUUCUUCCAACGGCACAAGAUCAAGGCCUCCGUAGCCUUCUUCGGAGGCAUCACAAUAGUGCUACUGGGCUGGCCUAUGAUAGGCAUGAUCGCUGAGAUCUACGGGUUUCUUUUACUGUUCAGAGGGUUCCUACCAGCUGCCAUCAACUUCCUCCGCAUGGUGCCCGGGUUUGGUCUGCUGCUCAACCUGCCUAUCAUAAGCGGGAUCGUCAACCGGAUAGCGGGCGACAACGGGCGAAACAUGGAUGAGCCCUAAUGCACUAAUCAACGCAGAAGAAAAAACAUUCCUUUACAAAAGACAAUAAAUUCAAAAUUAAUAAAUUA